UCGUGUUUAUGCUAGUCUAAAGAUGGCGAUAGUUCCUUCAUUUUUCCUUUGUUCUCUCAUUCUAUAUUUGUAAAUCAUAUACGUAUGGUAUAUAUGAGAAUUAGAGGCACUCACAAACGAAUACUAAUAAAAUUUUAAUAAAAUGGGUAAGGCAAAAGACAUAAGUUCAGACGAAGAUAUAACUGUAGAAACUAAUGAAGUAUCUCCACAAAAACGACAUAAGAAACAUAAACAUAAAAAACAUAAAAAGAAAAAAAUUACUCAUGAUGAUAAUGAUAGUUUUAAUGAUGUUACUGUUGAAACGGAUAAAAAAAAAACAUUUAGAGUUAAGAUAAAAAAAGAUGAUGAUAAAAGUCUAGAAAAACCACGUGAAAAAAUGCAGAAAACAUCCAAUCUUAACACUGUAAGUGCAAGUCCAUCUCCAAAAACUGCUACAAAAAAGAAAGUUCUAAAAAAUAAUAAAGGUAAAGAUAGUGGUACUAGUAGUGAAGAAGAACGAUGGCUUGAUGCAAUUGAAUCUGGAAAACUUGAAGAAGUUGAUGAUGAGCUAAAAAAAAUUAAACCAAAGGAUCCAAAACUAAUGACAGCACGUCAAAGAGCCAUGUUCGAAAGAAAAACUGAUACAGAACCAAAUCCAGCCGUUGAACAACUCAUGUCAUUACCAACUGGUUACAAAGAAAAAGUUAUGACAGCUGAAGCCAUACAAAAAGCUGCUCUUAAGUCAUUGAAAAGAAAACAGCUUGCUGAUGAGAAGAGAGAAAAAGAUAAGAAAAAAACAAUGGAAAGAUUACUAAAAAAACAAGAAUCUAAAGCUUCUAAAGUCAUUAGUAAAGGAAAACCUUCUAGAAGACAAGUUCCUUUGGUUACAUAUCGUUUAACACUUGAAGGAAGUUCAAUAUCUUUACCACCUGGAGAAGAUUUUCCAUUACAACCUACAAAAGAAAAAGAACCAUCAAUACAAAUUCUUUGUGGUGUUAAUCAAUGUAAAAAUCUAAAAAAAUAUUCAUGUUCAAAAACUGGAAUACCUUUAUGCAGUUUAGAAUGCUAUAAAGCUAAUUUAUCUAUAUCUGUAUAAUAUGUAUAUAUUAAUUAUUUAAAUACUUUUAUUCUAUUUUCUUAAGUUUAU